CAAGUGAUAACUAAAGUGAAAUCCAAAAACACAAAAAUUGUAAAUAUUGUUUAUUUGUUGCAAUUAACAGUUGGUUGUCAUGUUUUGGUGUUAAAUUUUCCAGAACUGUAGUUAAAAUUGUUAACAUUCCAUAUACUUAUGACAUAGUGCCUAUACACAACUUAACUAACAUAUGACAGUGCUGGCUUUCCAUAGUUUGAAAACAGAUGAGUGAUUUUCACAGUAGCACGAUAUAAUGGAGUGACCUAUUUUUUACCCAGUUUCUACAUGGCUACUUGUUUUUGACGUUUUUUGCCAGAUAAAAGGACAUUUCCUGGGGAUUCUUUGAAUGAUUAGAAAGGAGAGGGAUUAAAUGAUUUCAUAUUGGUGAAAUAUAAAGGCAGCGGGAUGGCUUCAGGGUCCAGUGGAGCCUCAGGCUCUGAACAAGCAGUACAAGUAAGGGCGCGAGUCAUCAUACAGCAGUGCCUCUCAGCAAAGGUAAUGGUCCAGCCAAGAACAGAUACGCAAGAAGAGCAGCAUGUAGAGAUAGGACGAGGAGUGAUGGUUUAUAUCUGCUUCAUGAAAGGUGCUACUGAAGAUAUGGUAGAAAAAAUGGUGAAGACAGUUCUAACCGCCCGUUUAAGUAAGACAGAGACUGGUAAACUUGUGUCAGUGUUAGAUUUACCAGGAGACGUUCUGGUCGUUCCACAAUCAACUCUCGGAGGCAACCUGAAGGGGAAGAGAAUGCAGUACCAUCGGAAAGUCAACAGAGAGAAUGGACUCAAUUUAUACACAAAAUUUGUUCAGCUAUGCCGGCUGUAUAUGACACAAUCUGUAAAAUGUAAAGAACAACACAAGGUGGUAGAAGCUGGGACUUAUGGCAACAAACAUGAGACGUUAGUGUUCUCUACACUAACAACUGGUCCAUACACUCAUGCUAUAGAGUUCUAAUUGCUAUGUGUUGACUGUUCUAUUCAUUUCAUAUGUUAUUAUUUUAAUUAAGUUAAAUGAAUAUUUAACUUAGUU